AUUUUAAUAUUUCCUGCGAACGUCCAUCGUCCAUUUGUUUUAAAUGUUUUAGCGUUUGAUACUUUGAUGGUAAAAAACGCAUUUAUUCACUUUCAUUAGUAACUACCUACAAUUUCAAUAUAUUUUAUACUACUUGUAGUCUGUAGAUAUUAAUAUUAAAAAAUAGAUUUUAUUAUAUGGGUUAUUCAAACUGUAUUUGUGUAAACAUUUUAAGUCACUUGCACAUAUUCUGAUCUUGUUUAUAUUAUUACCAAAAAAAGUAUUUAUUAAAUUGAUAGGUGACCUUUAAAAAUGGAGACAGACAACCAAAAUGUUCAGAAAACUCAAUUUUGCAGCUAUAUGCCGGAACGAGUGCAUACUGAAGGAAGACGAAAACUUAUGUCAUGGUUGAAUCAACAAAUGAAAGUUAAUUUAUUAGAUGGCCGUAUUUUGGUUGGAACAUUCGUUUGUACUGACAAAGAUGCUCAUAUUAUACUUAGUACAUGUUAUGAAUACUUUAACGAAAAAGAUUUAAAUACUGGAGAAUCUCGACUUUUAGGCUUAGUAAUGAUACCUGGGCGACAUAUUAUUUCAAUUCAUACAGAUGUACAGCAAACAAAUGAACAAACUAUAAAUUCAUCAAACUUUGAAGAAACGUGAUAGUACUAAAUAAUUGCAAUUAUAAUGUAAUCAUUAUACAUUGUGCAUAUUUUUUUUAUCUUCAUUGUUAGUAUUCAAAACAAUUUAUUAAUAUAUAAUACAACUAUUAUACAAAAGUCCUAAAUUAAAUUUUAAUAAAAAUAUUAACAAAUGUUUAA